AGUGGCUCGUCACAACAAACACCUAACCCAAACCACUCCCAAGUGACAUACCGGUGCAUUUAUCUAAGAAAUUCAAAUUAGCUACAUGGCCAUGUUGCGAAACCAAUGUAGUAACAUUGAUACAUAACAGCUUCCGUAUCUCCGGUAGGUCUCGUCUUUUGUGAAAUAGUUAUAUUAAGGUUUUUGUGGCUAACAGCUAACGUCGGUUAAACAGAAUAUUUCGCUUAUGAACUGAGGUCGAUGUUGUAUCAUGGAGGAUUUGUACAGUUAUUUACCUUAGUCAAAAGGACUUGGGCAAGGGCAGACAAGAGGAGGUACACACUCGGUUUCUUCGCCAUGGGGAACUCCUGCAGUAAUCAUCUUGGGAUCCCUCCAGCCAAGGGCCCCAAUGCCGUGGGCUGCACCGACUUCAUGAUGGACCACACUGCACAGGGCAGCUUCUUCCGGCUUUACUAUCCAUGUCAAACAACUGAAAAAGCAGAAAGACCAGACUGGGUACCGUGCAAGGAGUAUUUUAACGGUCUAACGGACUUCAUGAACAUCAACAGGACUUUCGGUGAAAAGAUUUUCAACUACCUCUUUGGGUCCUUCAAGAUUCCAGCCGCCUUGGAUGCUCCGUUUAAAUCAAAUGCCAAAUGUCCUGUAAUCAUCUUCUCCCAUGGCCUUGGAGCUUUUAGGACUUUGUAUUCAGCUAUAUGUGCAGAGUUGGCCUCGCAAGGCUUCAUUGUGGCGUCCGUGGAACACAGAGACCAGUCGGCCUCAGCCACGUACUAUUUUCGUGACAAGACCGAGUCAGAGAAGGCGAACAAGAAUAACGGGCCUAAAACAUCUGGCUCGGCCCAGGAUGACAACUUGGUGAGAGAGUGGAUGUACUACAGACGUCUGAAGCCCGGAGAGAGAGAGUUCCCCCUCCGCAAUGAACAGGUGAAAAAGAGAGCCGACGAAUGCAUUCGGGCUCUGGAUAAACUCAUUGAAAUCAACUCGGGGAUAUCAGUGCAAAAUGUUUUGCAAACAAAGUUUGACUGGACGACGUUGGAGAACUCCAUGGAUCUGUGUCGGAUAGCAGUGAUGGGGCAUUCCUUCGGCGGGGCAACAGUGAUCGAAGCACUGUGCAAAGAGGUUAAAUUCAAGUGUGGCGUAGCGCUGGACGUCUGGAUGAACCCUCUGGAUGACGAGAUCUUUCCCCGGGUCAAACAGCCGAUCUUUUUCAUCAACUCGGAGAAGUUUCAGUGGGCGGGAAACAUCAGCCGCAUAAAGAAGCUGGAUUCAGCCGUCAUCCAGAGGAAAAUGAUCACCAUCAGAGGCACAGUCCACCAGAGUUUCCCAGACUUCACCUUCCUGACAGGCAACUGGAUCGGCAAGCUGAUGAAGCUGCAGGGAGAGAUCGACCCGGAGCUCGCCAUAGACCUCUGCAACAAAGCUACGCUAGCUUUCCUGCAACGCCACCUUGGUCUAGAGAAGAACUUUAAUCAGUGGGACCCUCUGAUUGACGGCCAAGAUGAUAACCUCAUUCAAGGAACCAAUAUCCCUUUGCUUCAGUCUGCCAUCUGAGCCGCGCCAUGUCCUGAGGAAUGUAGCUGGGAGUCAGUGCAACGUUCCCUAAAAUGUCAAGCCAGGCCUGCUUGGCAACGGACUAAGGAUAACAUCUGGAGUAAUAACUAGAGAAGAUCAUCUCUACAUCAACAAGAAAGAUUUGUUUUCCUCAAAAGAUCAAACACUCUGUUCCAUGAGGCCUGACUGUUGCUGAAGCUUCUGUUCACCGUUAGUGAAAUCUUUACUUACUAGCAACUUCUUAGCGAAAUGCUGUAUCAUUUUCAUCUGAGUGUAUAUGAACAUGUUCUUUCACACAAAUACUGUACGUCUCCAAGGCUGUUUGACCUUAAGACAGACGAGCUACGCUAUGACCGUUUGAUUAUGGAACAAGACUUUUAAUGAGACACGUAUCCAACCAGUGAACUGAAAUGAAAAAGAAAUGAAUGUGAUUGAAUAUGAUCUGAUAUAAAGUAUUGAUCGAUUCAACAGAGGGCGGCGACACAAGUAAACCAGCAUCAUUAAAAGCUUACAAAACACUAAAAGGUUGCGUUGCAGCCAAAUGUGCCAUCGCUCACAGUACUGCUCAUCCUGGGUCAGUGUCAGAACUCUACUACUUUUCUACACCUGUCUGAAAUAUCUGCCAUGACAGAAAAUCAAUAAAUACAUUUUUUGCUAA